GCGGUGUGGGGCGGGGGGUUGCUAGCGCCGACGGUGUUGCGCGCAGCGCUACGUCAUGGGCCGUCGUGUAACGGCGAGGAAACAGGAAACUGGCUAUGCGGGGACGCAGCUGUGACAGACAUAUAGCGGGCGGGAGCUAGUGGUGUUCAGCUCAUACAUAUUCGCGACUCGUUGGAUCUGCUACUGUAUUCAUUGUUGGAGCCUGAAUCGCUGAGCUGCGCUUAUACACACUCCCACCUGUACGCAAACCGAUACCGAUACCGAUACGCACCAACACCAGCCCGCAAUGGCCGACGCGCAGGAAAAGCCCCAGGAGCAGCCCAAGGGCGGCGACCACAUCCCCUCCACCACGCAGGAAGAGGAGGUCGACGAGCAGCCCAAGGGCCUGCUGAGCAAAGUCGGCGACCCCCUCGGAAACGUCCUAGGCACUGUUCUGCGCCCCAUCGGCGCGCCCCUCGAGAAGGGCCUCACCGGGCCCCUGGGCAACGCCGUCGGUGGCGCCACACGGCCGGCGCUUGGCCCGUUGAUGGGCGAGAAGCACGAGCGCAGCGAGCUGCUGGGCGGCGAGAACAAGGACAGCUAUGAGAGCAAGCCGGAGAGUAUUGCAGGCAAGGAGCAGACGGGGCAGAACCCGCUGGGCCUGGACCAGACAGGGCGGUGGGGGUUCGCGGAUGACGACAAAUAGAUGCUGAGACGGGAGAACGAGAGCAUGAUAUUACGAUUGAAUGUAACGCAAUGAAUUAUCAAACGAGAGGCUAUCAUUGAUCACC